GACACCUAUGGAAGGAGUUCAAUUUUUCUGAUGAAACGUUCGACUUCUUUGUAUCUCUCAUGCAGAAGUUUGGGCUGGUGUGUGAGAAAAAAAUUACAAUGGGUGGUGAACGUCUUUUCUACGUUCUUUCACGCUUGCAGCCUAAACGAAUAGAUGCCACACAAAAUAAGGAUUACAGGAUUCGGGCAGUUUCUAUCUUUCAUGAUUUUGGUCGCUAUCUACCUGAUGAUCUUUUCCAGCGGGGAGUAACUAAGUUCAUUGAGAGAUUCCAAGUAAAAGACGAUGAGCCUACAUUAUCUUAUGAGCACGUGGAGUUGAGUAUCGAUGAACUUCACCUCGUGGUUUUAAGCGUAGCCUCAAUCAAGCAUCGUCGUAUGUUUAAGACAACAAUCAUCAGACGAAAAAUCUUCAAUGCUGCUCAGCUUACCCGGGAAGAGGAACCUUCGCCGAUAGUGUGUAAGAAGGUGUUGAUAUUCCUCGAAGCAGAACUAAAGAUAUUUUGUCAGAGCGGUGCAAGGGGCGUGGAAUUAACAAGGUACAUUGCUUGCGAUUGUAUGGAUGCUCACAUGCAUAUUGUGCGCCAAUUUGACAUGGAUGUGUUGCCAUGUGGAAGCAAUGGGAUGGAAGUGACGCGCUACCGCCGACUAUUUGAAGAUGACGUGCAAAAACAAGUCCAGCUCAGCGCUCACGAACGACAGCACACAGACAAAGAUGACAUGCUAAAACAAGGUUUUGUAGAUGACGCCAUAAUUGCGACUGUAUCUGAGGAAAUGAACUAUAGCUGGAAAGGUUUUGGUGUCCGUUUAGGUGUUUCAUGGGCUAGAGUUAAAGGGUUUUGGACUGAAGAACAGCUGAACUCACAAAAAGCUAUCGCUAAUAUGAUGAAGUAUUGGAGAGAAAAUGUCAAAAAUGAAACGCACCAACUGAAAAUGUUGUGCACUGCUUUGAGGCAACAUGGCUACAAGAGACUAGCUGGGGAAUUAUUCAGUGGUGAUCUCGGAGACGAAAUUCCGCCUUUAGCCAAACAUGAAGGAUACUUGGCUGAUGUUGACUUGCUAUUCGUUGCCAAGAAACUUGGCGUUGACUGGAGAGCAUUUGGCAUCAACAUUGGUCUCGAGGAUCAUGAAAUACAACAAAUUGAGAUGAGUUUUCCACCACCUAUUGUAGACACCAUUUUAGAAAUGUUGGUCAUGUGGCGUGAAAACCAGGAACCGCAAGAAAACCACCUUGAAAAGAUGAAUAACAAUCUUGAAGCUUUCGGAAAACAAGACACAAAAGAAAAACUCAAUAAUUACUAUCAAGAAAAAUAUCAGUAAAAAUGAAUGGGAGUACACAUUUAAAAGAAUAAACAUGAAACUCAAUUGUGUUCAAUAAAAUGUACCGUGCCAUACCAUACAACUUCAUAUAAAAGCCCUGGGAUUCUACUGCUUUUCUUUUUUUUUUCUUUUCUUUUGCAAACUUUGGAUGGGUUACUUUUUGAGAUAAGCUUCAUUUUGAGAUGGGCUUCUUAUCUAGGCUGUUUUCGCAAAAUAAAGAGGGACGGGGAGCUUCUUUUCAAAAUGAAUCCUGUAUAAAUUUUGGGAACUACUAUUAUACAACAGUAAAGGGCCACUGUAAAAUCACUCUGUAUCAUAUGGAGUGUCCUAACCUUAAUUAAGUAACGUAAACUACUGUAUAAACCAAGCAUGUCUUAAAUUUAUGUAGUUUUUCUGGAAUUCAGUUAUGUAAUGUCGGCCUACAAUCUUGAAAAGGAGCCCAUGCUAUCUUGAUACCGCUUUUCGAGGUGAGGGAGGGGGUGCUUAAUUCGAGAUGGUAUUUUUCUCUAGAUUAAUUCGAGGUUUUACUGUAAAUUAAUUUUUUUUAAAUAUUAUAAGGGGAAAUUAAUCUAUAUCAACAUCUGUAAUUAUACCGUUUAAAAUGUUGAACAAAAUAUGUAAAUAUGUACUGUAUAUAUUUUAUACAUUAAUAAGGCCUGUAUAGUUUUUGCACGUGUAUUAUGUAUAUUAAUACUAUUAUACUAUAUAUACAUUUAUUAGUAGGUACUGUAACACUCUUACUGAAAUUUAAAAGUGUAUUAUGUCUUUAUGUAUAGCCUAAUAUUUUAAAGACUUUUGACGUACAAAGGGGUUUGAUAAAAACAUAUUAAAAAUGUAAAAGAUAAUCCAAAUAAAAUAUUAUUUAUUGUUUAUCUUUACGAAUGACGACGGCGACGUCUGUGGUGAUAGUCAUGAUGUUAUAGCAUAAAAUUGCAAAAUAUGAUGUACAUAAUUUUUAUUUAAGAAAUUUCAAUUUUUGUAUCAAGUAUGUAAAUCUGUAAAUAUCUCUGACCAAUACAGCCAGGACAGAUACUCACCGUAACGCCACUAAAUUUAUUGAAGACUUGAAGUGGCGUUGAGGGCUGGUGGGCCGUUUCCAAUAGUACCUCUCGUCUUCUGGUGUCUUCUUUUAGCUUCCACAACGUUGGCAGGAAGUGCAUUUUUAAAUUUUCAACUCUGACCCUUUUUGUAACCGAACCAGCUGCAAAGUGAAAAAACAAAUCUCUAUCUAUAUUCUAUCUCUUUUCCAUUUAAGAUUUUAUAGUUCUCGAAUAAGUCCUUAUGGUUUUUUUUGCUCUUGAAGUAGUUAAAUGCUAUAAGACGUUUUUCAUAAAUAAAAUGUUCAUACAUUUGGGAAUUUUA